UUGCCAGAUCUGAUGCACACACAGGUGGAAACCUGGACAAACAGGUGUGUGACUCAGUAGAGCACUGAGCUGUAGCUUGGCUCGGUCCUGGUGAAGGUGUUAUAAAGAUGGGAGGACGGUGUAAGCGAGAGGAGCCCAGAGAAAGCUGUGAUGAAACAGCAGCAGACGUCGGCGGGCUCUCUCCUCUGGGAGGGGAAACCAGGACGGGCUUGGCCGAGCAGCACACACCUGUUCCAGGGUUGACUGGCCAGGAUGAGGGCAGCGGUCCAAAAGGUGCAAGAUGUUCCAUUUACGGUGGUGACAAGGUCUACCUCGGGGUCCGUGUCAAAAUGCCAGUAAAGGAUCUACUGAGAAAAAUCCGCAUAGCUCAAGGCUGCAAACCUCAAGAUUUUAAGGAGAUACGUGGCAAGACAGGCAAAGGAGACAAGCAACGAGUCAAAACUCGCACAGGACGGAGAACUACCAAGAGAAAACUUUCCACAAAAAGCCUGGAGGAGCUGGCAAUCAUCGUUGAGGUGCUGGAGGAGGAUCUCAGGACCGGCAACACCUGCCGCUCCCCUCCCCAGUCUUUGUCCUCCUCCAACCCUUCAGUGUCUCCUGAGUGGUCCCCAGCUGUUUCAGAGUACAACAGUGACGAGUCUGAUGAAAUGAUCCCCAGCCCCCAGUCCUACAUGACCUACUCACCAGGCACAGCAGAGUACCAGCAGGCCAUGUCCCCUCCUGGCUUCACGCACACCGGCCUCCAGCCUCCCAGCGUCGAAAACAUCGGGAGAGUUGGUGGAAGAGGGGGGGAGUGGGGCGACCCCCAGAACCACGACUGGAACAUGAACAACUCUGCUUUCUUCUGGGCACAGCUUCAGAGAGAGGAGAGCCAGCUCAGGGACUUGUCUGACGCUGUACUGCUGGCCACCGACGGACACGGCAAGACAGCUCUCCAUAAAGUGGCGUGUGUCGGGAAGAGGGCUCUGGGCUACGCCAUCGCGAAAAGGAUGGCCGCGCUCAACAGCCUGGACCUCAAAGAUUCUGAUGGAAUGACCGCCCUCCUCUAUGCAGCAAAGCACAACCACCACCUGAUGGUAGCAGAUCUGAUCCUUCUGGGGGCCAACGUCAAUGACACCAACAAAUCAGGAAAGACCUGCCUCCACCUCAGUGCUGAGAAAGGCUACAUCAGAGUCUUGGAGGUUCUAAAACACACGAUGAUGGACGGUGUGUAUGUUGACGUUGAAGCCACUGAUAACUCUGGAAUGAGCGUCCUCCAGUGUGCUUCUGUGGCUCUGAAAGCCACAGUACGUAAACUGGAAUGCAGUAAAUCCCCAAAUCACACCAGACUCCACACGCUCCGCCAAGGGCAGAUGAUGGAGACACUGGAGUGUCUGCUGCAGAUGGGCAGCUACCUUCAUACCAUGGGGAGCCUGAGUAUGCAACCUAGGAUGGGUUGACCUCUGGCACUUCCGCCCGGCAGGGCUUUUUGGAGACCCGACAGUAAUGUUCUGAGUUGGUUCCGGCUUGAGCUCACAUGGAGAGAGAGAUACCACAAUCAGUGGAGUUUCUUUUCUCUCUAAGUUUGGGUUCAGGCCUAGUUAUGUAAAGCAUCUGGGGUUUUGUGUGUGGUAAAAAUGCCUGACUUGCAAUCAGGUAUUUAUUGUAACCCGCACAGAAACGCUAGGUGCCCAUUGGAUGGUUUCUGUGAAACUUCCAUUGUUUGUUACAUUAGAGUAACAAGUUGUCCUCAGUUAGUGUGUCUGUGGAGAUCGAGAUGUAAAAUCCUAUGAGAAUUUUUUUUUUUAAAUAUUAUAUGAUAUGCCAGUUUUAAGGGGCCAGUAGUGUUUUAAAAGCCUGGCCC